AUGUUGGACUGUAUUCGGAGAGCAUCUACGGAAGGUUUCGAUCCACGCUUCUAUCAGCGUAGUUCUUGGCGGUCGAGAGCACGAAUUGCCUGUCGUCGUCGUCACCGCCGUCGAAGAGUUAUAUCGAAAGGCAUCUUCGACUCACAGCGUCAGCCCGCAAGCGACACUCCACGCUACCGAACACCAUCCGGGGAACUACCCAAUCCCCCGGUCGGUUUCGGAGCAGAUACUUCACUCCAUCUAGAGUCGACCCCAGAUAUCUGUGCCCUCCUCUCCACGUACCUAGCAUCCCUUCCAGAACCUAUCCUCCUUCCCACCCUAUUCCAUGCCCUCUGGGACUGGUGCGGGGUAGCGGAAGAAACCAACGAUCCCGAGGGACCCCAUCGUUUCUCUAAUUGCCUAAUCGCUACCCACACACACGAAAAAGAAUCUACCCGAAUAAAAACCGCCCAACUGCUCCUCCACCACCUCCCUUCUCCCAACUUCUCCCUAUGA